AUGUCGGAGAAACCAGAGGACCCGAAGGAUUUAAUGCCCACGGAGAGGAAGUCCAUGUGGAGGACAGCAGAGGAGAGGCGCAUGUCGGACCUCACGCGGGUGAUGGAGUGGCUGGAGCGGAGGCGGGGCAAGCAGCAGGCGCUGCAGAAGCACACCAAGGUGGCACCAGUCUCUAAAGCACCUGGGAAGGAAGAAAAGAAAGCAAAGGUCACCAAGAAAAAGUCGAAAGACAACCGCCAGGUGUCAUUCUCUGCGCAGCCCACAGGGUCAAGCAGCAGGAAAGACGGGGACCCGGUCAGGUACCGAAGGCUCUAUGGCAUGGAGAUGAAGGGCAAGCGCCUGAGCAUAGUCCCCGGCAACUACAGUAAGGAGGCCCUCGGGAAGUCCGAGAUAGACAUCAAGGAGUCAAUAGUCCAGGAUUCCACCCAGCGGCUGAUGUCAUUCCAUCGGCAGAGCAUGGCGGACCCCCUGAUGCUGCAGGACCCUGUCUUCACCGGGCGGAGGUCGACCAUCCUGAGAGACUGGGUCGGCAAGAUCCCCGAGUCAUCCUAUGACCGCAGGCUGAAGAACCUCAUGGACAAGGGCACCGACCCCAAGGUGGAGAUGGUGAAGACGCUGAAGCCAGAGGAGGUGCUGAGCUGCCGAUACCUGAGGCUGUCCAAGAACAACGUCCUGACCUUGCUCAAGCUAUGCAAGGACGCGGGCCUGGUGGUGGACAUCCACCCCCACAUGGUCGAGUCGGAGAUAGACGCCAAAAAGGUAUUUGCCCCACACCCCACCGUGGCCCUCUAG